AUGCUCCGCGCGGUCGUGACAGCUGCUGCGACGCGCGAGUGCGCUGCUGUCGGCGGCAUGCACGUCCAGAGCGUGCGGUGGAUGGGCCGUGGCCCGACGAUCCAAGGCAAGAAAACUGCCACGGACGCGAAACGCACGGCCACCAACGCGAAACUCGCCCGCGAGAUUAUGGUCAUUUCUAAAUCGGUGGCAGGAGACGUGAACAAUGUCAGGCUUCUGGCUGCAGUAAACAAAGCAAAAGCGGUCAACAUGCCGAAAGAAAAGAUCGAGGCGGCGAUUAAGCGUGGCGUCGAGGGCAAAGACGGCAGCAACGCUGAGGCAGUACUGUACGAAGCUUCGGGUCCCGCUGGGAGCGCGCUGAUGAUCGAGACGCUCACAGACAACAAGCGCAGGACAGCACCUGCACUGCGCCACAUUUUGAGCAAAUUUGGCGGUGUGUUGGGCACUAAUGGCUCUGUGUCGUGGAUGUUUGAGCGCAAGGGCUACCUCGAGAUUGAGCUGCCGGUGGCGACUAGUGACAAGCCGGAGAUUGACGAAGAUAUUCUCAUGGAGAUCGCGCUUGACGCAGGAGCGGACGACGUCGAGAUGCGUGAGGGCCUGGCACAAGUCACGUGCGGUCCCAGUGGCUUAGCUUCUGUGCGCGACGGUUUCGCCAAGGCCGGACUUGAGCCGACUAUCUGUGAGCUCGUGUACAAUCCGAAGGAGUUCUUGGAUCUGGAAACUGAGCAUCGGGAGACCUUCGACAAGCUCGUUGACGCUCUCAGCGAAGACGACGACGUAAGCCAAAUACACCACAACAUCAACGAGUGA